UGCGCCCGCCGCCGGUGCACCCACGGAGCACUGAAUUCGCUAUCGCAGCGCACUUUUUUAAUUCCGUAACAACCAUUAGAUGAGUUAUAUCACGAAAUAGGGGUCGAUCAGGCGGCAAUAUGCGAUAACCUGAACAAACAUUAGAGAGAGCAUAACAGAUAAGAUAGCAAACAAGGCGACCCGAACUCAUCUUUCUAGUAUUGUGCGCGCCGGUGCAGCCACUCGUCGAGCCCAUGGUCCUCCGUGCUGGUCCGCAACCCGCAUUACAUGCAUAUCCAGGCAGGACAACUUUUUGCAGCACUACCAGAUGCGCGCGUGGAUUCUGGCAGCCCUGGUCGUCUCCGUCGUCGCUGCAAAGGGCAAGAACCGCCACCGGGCCGGCGGCCGCGGCAACAACGACAGCCAGCUUCCUCCGAAUGAACCGGGCCUGACGGCCAGCAACGGAUUCAACGUCCCCUGGCUGCAAGAGUCGCCCGACCCCAAGUACGACCCCCACUCGAACGACAUCAACCACUCGAGCCUGCGGAAGGCGCUGGGCAGUCGUUUCGACCCCAACUUCAUGUCCAUCCACCGGCCGCUGACCUUCAAGAACAGCUCGGUGCUGGACUCGGAUUUCCCCUUCCGGAGGAACAGGCACGGCCGCCUGGUGCCCAAGGACCCUGACAAGCUGCCCGACUACCUUCGGAAGGUGCGAUUCCGCUACCUGUGGCUGCCGGACGGCUCGCAGGGCUUAUCCAGCGUCAAGAGCGACCGCCUCGAGUACAAGUUGCAGAACUACCUGUGGGCCUACACGGCGUGCCCGGUCGUGUUCAAAUGGCGGGACGUGGGCCGCAGGUUCUGGCCGCGGUGGAUCAAAGAGGGCUCCUGCCCCAAGAGGAAGCACUCGUGCUCCAUCCCGCCUGGCAUGCACUGCCAGGUGGCAGGCACCGACUACAAGACUCUGCUCAGGUGGCACUGCAGCCACAAGUACGAGAAGGGCUGCAAGUGGAUCAAGGUCGAGGUGCCCGUGGUCACAAGGUGCGAGUGCGGUUGUCCCAAAACGGAUUGACUCACACUGACAACGUGAUCCCCAGGACGUGCAUUAGUGCGUGUGGCCGUUGACGGAACCUGAGUGCUCGGGCAAUUGUGUUGUUUCGAAUAUUAUGCCGCUUUGCAAAGAGAGUCUUACUUAACUUAUGUAUGUGCAAUUUUUCCUGAUGACUUGUCAGAAAGUUGGGCCCAGUUCAAAAUUUUGAAUUUAAAUACCUAUUUAUUAUAUUCCUGUUAAUUAAAUAUUAAUUUUUUUUUCAUUUAAACCAAAUUUAUUUCUCAAUUCAUUUUGAUACAUCUGAAUUUUGCUGAAUUUUUUUUACCUAUUGAGUCUGACAAGUCUAAUAUCAAUGUUGGAAGUCUUGGGAUUUUCUCCCUCAAAAUUCUUUUCGCUAUAAAACCACAGCAGUUUUUUGUCAAAUAAUGGCCGAAACGCGGUACCCGGACUGGCGGCUGAGCCGCUGAUUUCCUCAACGAUGCCAGUAAUGUGUCCCAAAAUUAGUUACGACAAGAGUUUGCAUAGACGAAAAUGAAUAUUUGGCUGAUGUUGGCGGAAAAACGCAUUUUAACGGACUGAACUUGUUAGUCAGUGAAGGAGACAAAGUAUUUUGAUGUGUAUAAAUCUAAUGAAAAAGAAAAAAGUUAGAAAUGGCCAAUAUUAAAUUUCAAAAUUAUUGAUUAAUUUAAUGAUGGUACUGAUAUUGUCAAACCGCGGACGGUUUCGGGUGCCAUUUUGCCAAAUUUACUGCUCUCACCGCACAUUCCUACCUUUUCAACGAACGGCGCGGAUUAUACAAGAAAAAUAAAACAAGAAAAGUGCUGCAUUUAGAAGACUUGAGAAAGAGAGAGAGAAGCUGUAGCUUAUGCAAACCAGCCAACUCCUGUGCAUAUAAUUAUAUUGCAUGUACAUACAUAAUGGCUAGCCUAAUUAUUGCUAUUGUAUUAAAAGAGAUAAUAGAGAGAAGAUGGCGACUCUGCGAAUUCAUGUACCUCAGUAGGAACGUAGAAAAGGAGAAAUCGCAUUGCUCAAGAAAGAAAUCGUUUAAUGAGAUUCACUCGCAAGUAAAUGAGAUUGGCCGACGACGCACCCUUUUUACAAAACAGUUUCGAUGCAAAAGUGCUCCUUUCUUGAGUGAUAUUAAACAACAAAAAAUAAUAAAUACACGAGCCGCGAACGAAUUGUGUGUCGGAUGAAGGGCGGCUCUUAAGUGUUUAAUGGCGACAGAGAUAUAUAUUUAAUUGUACAGAGAAACUCAACGUGCAUAUUAUUAUAUAUUGUAUGCAGAAUUAUAACAAAAACGCACUCCUAUAUAAAUCAAGAAAAGCCUUUAGAGAGAGAUUAACUAAAAAUAUCCUGCAGCACAAAUUUGUUAUUGUUAAUCGAAUCCUUGACUAUGUGUAAAUAAAAAGAAAGAAAUAAGCAAUAUUUAAAAAAAAGUCGUCUGGCAGAAAAUUUCUCCUCCUGUUGUUGCCAUUUUGAAAAUUCUAUAUAAGUGUCUAUAAAACUCAAAAAGCGGGAUUUGAAAUUAUUGAGGCUACAACCAAAUUGUCCCGGUGCAGCAAUUGAAUCAUCGUCCCAGUGUUACGAAAGAAAUGUAAAGAAAAUUAGCAAUAAAAAUAUUUAAA